AUGGCGUCCAAUUUUUUUGACGAGGACCCAUCUACUUCUAGCGUUAUUUCUCUGUCAUUUCAGCCAAACUCUAGUUCUUUUCAGAACUCUUGCACGAGCUUGGUUUCUGAGAUACCAUUGGGAAGUAUUUCAGAUUGUUUAUUGCUGUCAUUGGAGGAAAAAUCAACUCCCAAAUCGACGUAUCACAGUGGUGGUGGCAUUACAUGCUGUGUUCCAAACUGUUUCAAGAAUUCUAUCAGGAAUAAAGAAUUGUCCUUUUACGUUAUUUCCAAGCAUUCGAACCGAAGGAAGAAGUGGCUCCACAUGCUUGAAAGGAAAAAUGUUGUCCCUUCGUCUUCUCAUCGAGUUUGUUCAGCCCAACUUGUUGGAGGCACAAAAACAUACAUGAACAAUAUUCCAACCUUAAAUGUGCCAAUACUAAAGACAACAAGACCAACGACAGCCAAGCCACGUACGACAAUAAAUAGUUCAGAAGGAAGAAUGCGUUCAGCUCUACUACCAAAGAAACUACGUUUUGAGCAAGACGUUGAAAAAAAUGAGCCGGAGGAAGCUAUGAAUGAAUUGAAAAGACUACGAAAGGAAAACCAAACACUAAAAGAGAAAAUAGAACAGCUUACGCAAGAGCACACUAAAAAGGUAGAGGAUUUAACAAACACUAUUACCGUACUUAAGCUAGAGCAUAAUAAAAAGGUUGAGGAAUUGACCAACACUAUUACCGAACUUAACUAAAACAGAAUGAAUUCUCUCUAGAAACAUUUAAAGACAAUCCAAAACUUUUUAUGUUUUAUACUGGAUUUUAAAUUUAUGAUUUGUUUAAGAUCUUUUUUGAAUUCUUGGGACCAGCAGUUAAUAAAAUAAACUACUGGGGAUCAAAUACCAGAAAUGAUGACUCAGAGUUCUCAAAAUGUGGUCCAAAGAGACAAAUGAAACCUGAACAAGAGUUGUUCAUUGUCUUAGCAAGGCUGAGAUGUGGUCUUCUUGAACAAGACCUUGCUGUAAGAUGCAAACUGUCCACGUACUAA